AUGCCAUGGAUUGGUAGGUAUAUUGUAGCAGCAUCUCUAAUUUGCAUACUUGCAAUGUUAGCAAAUGCAGUACAAGGAAUUAGAAGGCGAAAACUUUGGCUUCCAUGCAGAUUUUUCACUCUUAAAACUGCUUCAUUGACACUGUUAGGUGUUGUAGUUAAGUUGCCGCUUGAUCUAAACAACCCCAUGCCAGGGGAAAUUGAUCAGAUGGCAAAACUUAGCAGUGUUGUCUUUAUGUCUACAGCAAUGGCUAACUUUAUGCCUUCGCUCGCGCUGAUGGAUAACAAAGAUAUCUUCAUGGACAUGGCAGUGUUGGGUAUUCUUGUCAUGACCCUGGUUGUAAAUGUUUGCAUUGAAUUGGGCACCGGUGUAAUAUACUCGGAGAAAGUAGAGCAUAUUGUGGUUAUGCUGUCUCUCGUUUUUCUAUUUGGGAUCAUGUGCUUCUCAACGCUGACAGUUCCAAUGAUUAAAAGUCAUUUGGAACUGAAAUACAGAGAAAGAUGCCAAAUGAUUUCAGUGGAAGAUUUAGUGGAAGGUGAAAAACCAGUUGAAGUGGAACUGAAAGAAACUUUGAGGAAAUUUUUUAUCAUGGCAGAAACAGGAAGUCCUCAGUUUGUGAUGGCGCGUUCUGUUACUUGUUCUGCUUGUUGCGCACUCUGUUGUCUGAAUGGUCUGCAGUUACCGGAAGUUUCACUCCGUGACAACUUAUUUGGUGCGCAUGUGAAGUCCAUGUCCGAUUACAGAAAUCGACAUAUUGCAUUUCCAGGAUUCAAUCCUGUGGAGUGGCAGUAG